CACAAACCCACGCUCCUUCUCUUUCUCUCUCUAAAAACUUUCCAUGCAUAUUUAAAUAUACCAUAUGCUUGAUUAGACUAAUAGACCAAGUUUCAGUUUUGUGCCACCCAAAAACUCCUUUCUUCUUCUUCUUCUUUUUCUUCUUCUCUGCUGCUUCUAAAGUCAACAUGCAAUGAUUUUACCCCCAAAUACUUCUUCACAUGAUUUGAUCACGUUUCACGGUUUCAGUUUUACAAAAAUAUAGUCUUUUUAUUGAAUUGAAAUUUGGGUUUGUGUUAAGUUUGACGAAAAAGAAGGGAAAUGGUGAUGAAGAAAGAAGAACAGGGUCGUAAGUUGUUUGGAAUUUCACUCUCUGAUAAACCCAGAUGGCAACAAUUCCUCAUUUGUUCUUCUGGUUUCUUCUUUGGAUAUCUUGUCAAUGGUAUCUGUGAGGAAUAUGUGUAUAACAGGCUUCAUUUCAGCUAUGGUUGGUACUUCACAUUUAUUCAAGGAUUUGUUUACCUGUUUCUGAUUUACCUUCAAGGUUUCACAAGCAAGCAAAUGGUGAAUCCAUGGAAAACUUAUGUGAAGCUUUCUGCUGUACUCAUGGGUUCACAUGGUUUAACAAAGGGUUCUUUGGCUUUUCUUAAUUACCCUGCACAGAUCAUGUUCAAAUCCACUAAGGUUCUGCCAGUGAUGAUAAUGGGUGCUUUUAUUCCUGGUUUGAGAAGGAAGUAUCCAAUUCAUGAAUAUAUAUCUGCAAUACUCUUGGUUGUUGGAUUGAUCCUAUUCACACUAGCAGAUGCACAUACAUCCCCUAAUUUCAGUGUUGUUGGUGUUGUUAUGAUAACCGGCGCUUUGGUUAUGGAUUCUUUUCUCGGAAAUCUUCAAGAAGCUAUCUUUACAAUGAACCCUGAUACCACACAGAUGGAGAUGCUGUUCUGCUCAACUGUAGUGGGACUACCUUUCCUAAUCCCACCGAUGCUUUUUACAGGAGAAUUAUUCAAAGCAUGGACUUCAUGUUCACAGCAUCCCUACGUGUAUGGUGUUUUAGUCUUUGAAGCAAUGGCAACAUUUAUAGGUCAAGUUUCUGUCCUAUCCCUCAUUGCCCUUUUUGGUGCUGCCACCACAGCCAUGAUAACAACAGCAAGAAAAGCAGUUACAUUGUUACUAUCCUAUUUGAUAUUUACAAAACCAUUAACAGAACAACAUGGUAGUGGACUAAUACUCAUAGCUAUGGGAAUCACAUUGAAGAUGUUGCCUGAAAACAAACCAAUCAUCAACAAAAAAGCCAUAAAUUCUUCUCCUAAUAAUAGUUCAAAGUCAACUACUGGUGAUGAUGAUGAAGAGAUGGGGGGAGUCCAGGAAUCUGUAGGUGAAGAUGAUGAAAGGAGGCCUUUGGUUUAGCUAAAAUGUUGUUGAUGCAAGUUUUAUAUAUUUUUGGUCAUUAUUUUGAAAUUUCACAUUUCUUUGUUAGUUAAAGGAAAAAAAGAAAAGAAAUUAUUUGAUGUUUAGAAUAUUAAUUUAAAUUAAAUGGUUUAGAUAUAUAAAUUCAUUUGCAUGCUUAUGAAAUAUGAAUGUGACAAUUUCAGCCUUGUA